AACAUUAAAAAUUUAAAACAUUACCUCUAAUUAAAAUCUCUCUUACCCUCUCUCUCUCUCUCUAAAAAUUCAACCUGCAUUUUGCAAAUCCAAGAAAAAUCCAAUCUUUACACUUUUUCGGGAUCUGGGUCACCUUAUUUACCCUGAAAAACGAAGAAAGAGAGUACCUUUCACAGUUUCACACGUACAAAAAUUCUAGUUGAAGUCAAAAAAGUGCUUUCAAUCAUUGAAUUUUUAUAGUAAAAUUCUGAGUCUUUGACCCGAGACUUGAAAUGGGUAUCUGAUACCUGAUUUUGGGUCUUCUUUAUUUUUGCUAAAACAUACAGUCACACACUUUUUAGAAGACACACACCCAGUACUUCAAUGAUUGUGUUACAGUCAUCUUGAAAAUUGAAAUGGGUAUCUCUAUCUUGUUUCUAAUUUGAGCAUUCUUCAAAUUUUUAAAUCUUUUUUUUUCUUCUAAAAGCUUCACAGUAGUAAGGGGAAUAAAUGGCUUAUUUAGCAGCAGAGCAUGCUCAUGUUCUUUUGAAGGUGGUGUUGAUUUGCUCAUUUUGUAGUUUGUUUUGGUGCGUAGUUGGACCGUAUCUCUUUAAGGAGAAUUCAACUGUUGAUACUUCUUCAUGUCCUCCAUGCCGCGUUUGUGAUUGCUCUUUAGACAAUUUCCACUCCAUAUCUUUAGAUGUUCUCAACAGCUCAUUUUCAGACUGUGAUAAAAAUAAUCCCGAGAUGGAUAAGGAAUUGAAGAAGGAUUUAGUAGAUUUACUGUCAGAGGAGCUAAAUUUACAGAAAGAUGUUGCUAAUGAAAGUAUUGCACACACCAAGGUUUUAAUACUUGAUGCUACAAAAACCUUGUCACACUAUCAAAAGGAGGCAGAAAAGUGCAAUGUUGGAAUGGAAACUUGUGAAGAAGGAAGGGAAAAGGCUGAAAGAGAACUCAUAGAGGAGCGCAAGCUUUCUGCAUUGUGGGAGAAACGAGCUCGUAAACAUGGCUGGAAUGACAGUAGAAAAGUGCAAUGCUGGAAUUGAAACUUGCGAAGAAGGGAAAGGGCUGAAAGAGAACUAAUAGAGGAGCACAAGCUUUCUGCAUUGUGGGAGAAACGAGCUCGUUAUCAUGGGUGGAAAGGCAACAGAAUAAUACGUUCAUGAUUUUGGUUAUCAUAUUAUUCUUUCUAAUGUUGAUGUUAGGCUUUUUGAUUGUGACAUAUUAUGUUUAUGGUUAGGCUUUUAAUUUUGAUAUAGCUUGUACACUAAUCCUCAGAGGUCUUCUUGUGAAUAUAGGUACGCUUGACAGAAUUUACUUUUCAAUUGGUCUAUCUAUUGAGAAUGAAAGAAAGGAAAGCAGUUUAGUGAUAAGGGAUUUGUUUUGUGGAUUUUAGUAUUUAGAGCUUCUCGGAUCUAUUUGAUGUUGCCCAAAUCUCUUGUUUGGGUGGAGGUGGAGGAAUUGGUUUGGGAAGCAUUCAAUGGACAUUUGGAAUCAUCUUCUGUUGUGCCUGAUGUAAAUAUUGUGGAGAGAAUGAAAUAUUUGCACUUUUAAAGAUAUGGAAAGAUUAAAUCCCUAGUCGGAAUCAUUGUUGAUUGGUAUCAAGGGUGGGGUCUUUCACAUAAGAGCUCUAGUUUAGAUUUCACAGAAUCACUUAAGUUUUGAGCAUAUAUUUCUUUUGGGUUACUCUGUGAUCACAAUAUAUAUGGUCAGCCAAAAAAAAGAGAUUUUAGAAUUCAUAUAAUGUGACAUCUAUUUUUGCUCUUGUUGAUGAUGAGCUAAGGUGCAUAGUGUUCACCAUGAUAAGAGAGUGGCAAGUUUCUUUGGGCCGUGAGGGAAGGUUUAAUGCUAGCUUGGACUCUAGGCUUUCGGAACCUUUGGCAAGUUUCAGUUAAGCACCAUCUACAUAGAACCAAACAAAUGUGGUGAUUGGUGAUAUAUUAGCUUCUAUGGGAAAUCUACCUAUGCAGGUUCAUUACUUACUUUGGACUUGUACUCCUUUUAUGUAUUUUUGGGGCUGAUCUGAUAUUUUGAAAUUGUUUUCUUUAUAACAUUAUCCUUAUUAAUAAUAUUUACUGGAGCUUAGAUAGAA